GCGGUACUGUAAUACUGUCUGGAGCGUACCUACCCUCCCCGCUCGAUCACUGCGGCCAAUGGGAUACUUGUAAAGACUUGUGAAGCUCGAGAGAGGUGCUAUUUAAAGACGAGAGCCGAGAUGCGCUCUUCCAGUUUCUAGCGAAGUUUCCCACACGCAGAGGGCAGAGAAAAAAAAUAUUAUUGUGGGAUAUUAUCUGAGUGCUACUGUAAGCUUUUUUGUGAUAAAACCCAAGUCAGUAAACACCCACUCAGUAUUUCGGCAAGCCUCACUAAAUCUCUGAUAUUUAAAAAGAGACAUGACAAGUGAAGUUUCUUUAUGUCUGGUCCUGCUUGUGUUGAGCGUCGCUGCGUUCCCAGCUGCCUCUGUGGUAAAAGGCAGCCCCAGUCCUACUGCUGCUGAUAACUCCUUGCACCUAGAAGGAAAGAAUACCUACACUGAGGAUUUUAACUCUGUCCUGACCAAGUUCUCCCUGCGCAGUCCUUCAGCUCCAGAGGAGGAUGUGUGUUACAUUAACCCGGGCAAUGCAGACGCACUCAGUGCCUGCAACUUCAACCUCACCUCCAAAACCUUCCUGGUUAUCCAUGGAUGGACGGUUAGCGGGAUGUUUGAAAGCUGGAUUUCGAAGCUGGUCGCAGCUCUGUAUGAACGGGAGCACGAUGCCAAUGUGAUUGUGGUAGACUGGCUGAACCGUGCCCACCAGCACUACCCUGUUGCUGCUGAGAACACCAAGCUGGUGGGACAGGACAUUGCCCGCUUCAUAGACUGGAUGGAGGAGAAAGUAAACUUUCCUCUUGACAACGUUCACCUUAUUGGCUACAGUCUGGGUGCACAUGUGGCAGGGUUUGCAGGAAGCCACGCCUCCAACAAAGUUGGAAGAAUAACUGGUCUAGACCCGGCGGGCCCUGUGUUCGAGGGAACUCAUGCUCAAGGCCGUCUGUCCCCGGACGAUGCACAUUUCGUGGACGUGCUGCACACCUUCACCCGUGGCUCUCUGGGACUGAGCAUCGGCAUCCAGCAGCCCGUGGGUCACGUAGACAUCUACCCCAACGGAGGGAGCUUCCAGCCAGGCUGCAACCUGAGAGGGGCCCUGGAGAACAUCGCCAGCCACGGCAUCUUUGGCUUCUCGGAGGCAGUGAAGUGUGAGCACGAGCGCUCCAUCCACUUGUUCAUCGACUCCCUGCUUCACGAGCAGCAGCCCAGCAAGGCGUACCGCUGCAGCAGCAAAGAGAUGUUCGACCGCGGCUUCUGCCUCAGCUGCCGCAAGAACCGCUGCAACAACGUCGGCUACGACGUGAACCAGGUCCGCAACCGCAGGAGCGCCAGGAUGUACACCAGGACCAGGGCUGCCAUGCCAUUCAGAGUCUACCACUAUCAGUUGAAGAUUCACUUCUCCAGCAAAUUUAACCGCUCCGAGAUCGAGCCCACGCUUACAGUGUCCCUCUACGGAACGAAAGGAGAUGCAGAGAACCUUAAUCUAAACAUACACAAGAUCUCUUCCAACAAGACCCACUCCUUUCUGCUGGUGACAGAGGUGGAUAUCGGGGACCUGCUGAUGAUGCAGUUCAGGUGGGAGGCCUCCUCCAGCUGGUCCUCCUCCUCUCUCCUCAACAUGGUGUCGUCCUGGUGGUCAGACGAGACCCCAUCGAACUCCGACCUGGCGAUCCAUAAAAUCCGGGUCAAAGCUGGGGAGUCACAGAAGAAGAUGGUUUUCUGCUCUAAAGAUUCCCCUGAAUUUGCUCCGGCUCAAGAGGUCAUUUUUGUCAGGUGUCAGGAUGGAUGGGACAAAUCAUCAAAAAGACAUGUGACAAAGAAGCAUUGAGGCUGUACGGAACAGUCUGGAACAGUAGCCUGGACCAAUCAUAUCAUUUUCAAAAGAGCACUUGGCAAUCAACUUUAGCCAGCCUUAACUAUUCUGUUUAUUAUUUAUUUGUUUGUAUAUAUUGUACAGCAGCACUACUACUUUUGUACAUAAGUAACAUGUUUAAUUUAAAAACCAAAAACUUAGUUUUAAUCCGUGAAAUACUUUUGUUAUGUCAGUUGGAGCCUGUUUAUAUGUGGGUAUGCUGUCUGUGUUCAUUGAAGGGAGCAAGAGAGCCUUAAAAUAUUAUUAUGUGAAACACCUGGUCAAACCAUAGACUAUUUAUUAGGUAACUGAAAGAUAGAAUGGGGCUGAAUUAUAUGGUCUUUAUACCAAAAUAAAAAUUGUUUAAGCAAAAUACAACUCUCCGUCUCACAAAACGAAUAACAAACAACUAUUAAGGUGAAAUUUAAGCACUUAGGUUUACCAGUUGCUACAAAAAAGUAAACAUCUUUGAUAAAUCCGGCCCGAUGUGCCUUAAAAUACUUGAUUGCAUUGCAAAAUAUACUUGAGGUACAUAUUUUUACAGCAUAUCUGUUAUAACAACUGCUUCUCUAUAACUCGCUAUAAUUACCCACAGGGUUGACUUCACAAAAUACAACGCUGUGCAAAGUGGUCUGCGGUAAUGCACGCUUUAUUUAGGGCAUUGAGCGUGGUUCAGAUCAUUAAAAUCAACCCUGUAUAUUGUUUGAUGCUUUUACAGGACUGUUGCAAUUUUACAGCUGUUAAUAUUUAAAUCACAGAAAAUGCCCUUUGUCUUUAUAUGUGGGUGUCUGUUACUACAAUUCUUUGUAAGAAGAGUAUAGAAUAGUUUGCACUUGCUGCUGACGCAUUCUCUGUCUGUGCCUUUGUUAUUUUAAGGUUAACCUUUUAAAGUUGACCUUGUUUUUUUCAGUUAUCACUCUAUAUAAUAGCGGUUGAAAAUAACCUUAGAGUUUUAACUCGUCAGUUUGCACGUGUAUAAACAUUCUUCAUUUUUGUUUAGCGGAGAACAUCUGUCCUGCAAAAUUGUUUUCAUAAUUUGUAUAUUUCUGUUUUAUACUGGGAGACUCUGUGUGUGGUAUUGUAUUGCUUGUAGAGAUCUAUUUUUUUAACUACAGUAUUUAGUGUUUUGCACUGAUGUAAAAAAAAGGUCAAGUUGUAAAACUAAAGAAAAAAACGUAACAUGUUAAUACUGUAAAUUGAUAGUGAUGUAAAACAUUGAAUGAUUGUUCGAGGGGGAGGGAUUAAAUCUCGAAGCGGCAGAUUUUCUUUGUAAAUAACUGUAAAUAUGAUGUUUUAAUAAAUUACAACCUACACCCGUU